AAACGAUCGCUCGGAGGCAUGAGUUAGUGAGCGACGCCUUCAAUUGCUUCUGAAACUGCAAAAUCAAUCAACUCCUGCAUUCCACCGACAUGAUUUAUGCCCCCACGGUCUUUGAGGAUGUUGGGUUUUCGGUUGUGUGGGUAGUUACCACAGGUUUGGUCAGUUUGCAGAGGUGGAGUAAUGGGAUAGCUGCAUGUGUUCACAGUAGAGCCGCAGAGUACACAUCGCAGAGGUUCUUGUGAGGGCCUGGUUGAAAGCAGAGCCGAAGGGAUCUGAAGAAUGAGCGAGGCGUCGAGGUUGUCUUAGAUUUCAGGAUUUGAGGUGUUGGAUUGAGGGUGUUGGUGGUGGUGGUGGUGUGCAAGAAGCUUGAAAGAAUGAGCAGUGUCAAUGGAGGAGACAUGGCGUGGGUCGGGAAGCGACCUGCGCGGCGGUUAGGGGGGAUGGCGGACGUGCUCACCAUGGCUGCUGAUUUGGGAUUCCCCGUGCCUGAUACAGAGGGAGCCGUUGGGGAGGGAGGCAAAGGGAAAGGAGCAAAUGAGGAGGCCCUUGUGCGUGUGCUGCGAGAGUUAUCAACAGUGCAGCGCAACUUAGCCAACCUGCAAGUCGAGCUUCAAGGUCGCCAGGAUGAUGAGAGGGUUGCGCAUCUUACUCAUGUCAGUGAGAUAAAGAAAAAGUCCGAGGCGCUUGCCAAGACUACUGCUACCUUACAGGAUGUUAUUCACAACAAGGAUCGAAUCAUUGCACGGUUGCAGCAACCCUACAGUUUGGACUGUAUUCCAGUUGAGACUGAAUAUCAGCGUCAGUUUUCCGAGUUGCUAUUAAAGGCUGCUGGAGACUAUGGGGCUUUGACUGCAGCUACAACUGAUAUUCAAUGGACUCAGAAUUUCAAAGAACCUCCAGCGGUUUGGGGGGAGUUGUUGAGACCUAUUCCUACAGCAUUGGCCGCAUGCACACGCUAUUAUGAGGCCUUGUCGACAAUGCGAGAUGCAGUAGCUGCACUUCACCAAGCUCGCGUCCGAGGCCCCCUAACACCGAUGAAGGAAAACCGAGUUCCUGUUGGAACUCCUGUUGGAACUCCUGGGCCUGCUGUAACCCCGACUGGAACUCCUGCUGGAAUUGAGUGCAUAACUCCACCCACGUCGACAUGGAACACGCCAGUUGAAGAGCCCAGCUCAGAUGAUGUCCUCAUGCGUAGCCGUAGACAGUUGCAGAUGCAACUGGCGACACAAGACUGGGCAAUGGGGAUUACAGAUCCACAAGCUGAGCAGCAAUAUUUAGAAAGCAUGAAACCCAGACGUAUGUCAUGGCCCCCAUCACCAAGCGCUGGUGCAGUAUUAUAAUUUCAAAAAUUAGUUGGGAUAUUUUGAUUAUGAUACCCUACUCUGGGAAAUUAUUUGCUGGCUUGGAGUUGUGCUGUUCACUGUAAUGGCAGUAAUGAGGACACUGUAUAAUGAUUUCUGCCCACUUAACAAACAUAAUUUCUGUA